CACCCAAGUGGGUUCACUCCAUUCCAAUUUCCCCAUUUUUUCACUUUCUUUUACACCAAAAAAUCCCAACCAUACAUCCCUCAUCCCAACAUUUUAUAAUAUUAUUAUAAUAUCAUUCAUUUUCUCAGUCAUCUUCUUCUAUAUGUAUCUCCUGUCUUAUCUUAUUCUCACUCUUUUUUGAACCCCGCAAAACACCCACACACACACACCCUCUCUCUCUAACGGCGUUAACGGAGAAGACGACCUGAUUUUAUGUCGGCAGGUUUGUUGACGUUCACAAGGGCUCCAUUGAAGCUCUAUUUUUCCUUUGCUUACGUCAUCAUCUCCCCUCUCUGCUGGUGUUCUCAGCAGGGUCUUCCUCAAUCUUUUCCAACUGCUUCGAUGCGUUUGAGGCCAAAACGGACUUGUUCUGGAGUAGAGUGUUUUGGUGGGUUUCACAUAAACAGAUUAUUUGAUCUUUUUUUGUUUAUAAGAGGGCCGUUAACAUAAACCCUAAUAAGUUUUAUUUUAUUUUAUUUUUUAUAUUUCAGAGUUUUGUGUUUUUGGUUGUUUUUACAAGUAAAAGUUAUUAUUAUUUGAGCCGCCGGAGUUUUUGAAAACAAAAGAAGUCUUCAUGGGACAAAACAAACCCAUGAGGAAGAUCCGGGUCAUCUGUUACGACCCGGAUCUAACCGACUCCUCCGACGAUGAACCCGAUAACAAACCCUACGGGUCAAAACGGAUUGUUCGGGAAAUCAAGAUUCCGGUGGCGGCUGAUGGUGGUUUUGAGGCGGCGGCGGCGGUGGUUACAAGUUCGGUUCAAGAUAGUAAUAAUAAUAAUGGUGAGAAAACAAGUGUGAAACGAAAGAGGGUUUUGACUAAAUCCUCGGGUCAAAGUCAACGAGUUUCCGGGUCGAAAUUUAGGGGGGUCCGGCAACGGAAAUGGGGAAAAUGGGCCGCGGAGAUCCGUGACCCGUUUAAGCAGAGACGGGUCUGGCUUGGGACUUAUAAUACUGCUGAAGAAGCUUCUAGAGCUUAUGAAGAGAAAAAACUUGAGUUUGAAACCCUAGCUGAAGCUUCAAAGGGUGGGUCAAAUCAUGUUAAAACCGGACCCGGAACCGUAUCCGGAUCCGAACCCGAAACCGGACCCGCGGCUUCGGAAGAAUCGGUGGGUGUUAUUUCUCGAAGCUCGCCGUUGUCGGUCCUCGAGCCCGAACCUGAAACCGAAACAUCAUCAGUGAAAAUAGACGAGGGAACGGGAAUGGGAACGAAAAUCGGAACGGAUGAGAUGAUGACGUUGGCGGAAAUCGGCGCGGGGUUGGAAAUGAAUUUGGAGCUUGAUUCGAUAUUCGAGAGCCUCGCUUCGCCGCUUGAUGGGUUUGGGGAUCUUGACGAUUUCCAGUUGUGUGGGUUCGAUGACAACGAUGCGUGUGAAUUGCCCGAUUGGGAUUUCGACGAGCUCAACCGCGAAGAACUAGCUUGGAUGAACACAUUGAGGGUUGACGAGCCGUUGAUGAAUGAGCAGCCGCUUAAUAUCGCUUGCCUAUGAGUUUUGCAGUGUUUUAUUAGAGUUUAAUUUUACAAGUGUUUUUUUAUAAGUUUAUUAUAUGUUUUUGUUGAAGAGUCCUUUGGGUUUUAUUGUGCUAUUAGAGCCGUCCAAAGGAGUGAGUGUUGUUGAGUUGUAAGGUUAUGCAAGUGUUUGAACUUUAAAGACAAUAUCUUUUGCUUAUUGUGAUAUGUUUUGAUGGUAAUUUUAAGGUUAUUAUGUGUC